CCGCCCCCCGCCCUCCAUUUAACGUGAGAUUAUGAAAUUGCAGAGGCGGUGGAGGGAAGGAGACGGGAUCUAACAGGGCAUUUGGAGGGAGUGGGAAAGGUGGCUGGCCCGGUGGCUGAAAUUAAAAAAAAAAAAAAAUCCAAUUGCGCACUGGAUUGUGAUGAGAAAUCUAAUCAGAUCUUGGGAGAAGGGGCCGGCCAAGAGGGUGAUGAGUGGGGGGAGUUGAUCCCCACAUUCUCUGAAGGGGGUGGGGGUGGGGGGAGCUGGACAGAGGAAUCGGCGAUGUAAAAGGAGACUUUUUUCCCGGCGGCGGCGGCAGUUGGGUGCCUUGCCAACAUGAAGGAUGCGGGACGCAGCUCCCUCUGGGAACAGAACGCGGUGGACGGUGCGGGAGAGCAGGAAGAGCGAAGCCUUCUCCCCUGAGACCUGGAUCUUCACACGCAUGUGUCUCUGGGCCCACUGGGAGCAUUGAAACAUGAAAUAGACCAAUGUCAGAGCCGCGGGAGUCGGUGUGCUCCGACAUAAAUAAAUAAUAAACCGCUGCUCCCCCCUCCCCUCCCCAAAAAGGAUGACUGGAAAUGGAGAACCGAGGAGCCACACAAAAAAAAGAAAGUAAAGACCUGAUAUGGUGGUGUUUUCGAGGAAAUUAAUAAUCCAUCCGCAAAGAAAUUGUGGAGAAGAAAAAGUUGACCGCGGCAGAAUGAGGCAUUGAUUGGGGGAGAGGCACCCCGCAGAGCACAGUUGGAUGUGUGCCUGUGUUGACUAAAAUUGAUGGAUAAUUGCCAUUGGAUUUGUCAUCAACCUCCUUUUUUUUUCUUUUUUUUUUUUUUCUUCUUUUUUCUUUUUGGUGUCAAGAUUGUGCAUUUUCGCUUGUUCUUAGCCACCUGGAUUUCCAGCUGGAUGUUGCUGUGAUUCAGUCUGAAAUACAAUCAAGAAACUGAGGCUGAGAGAGAGGGGACUCACCCAGAGUCACUCAGCUUGUCAGUGAAGACAACAGUGGGACCUGUGAUUGUCAAACACGUUGCCUGUUUAUGCAUGGAGACCACAAUGGAGAGCUAGACCAUUUGAGCUCCAGAAGGACCAACACCAGAUAAAUUAUGAAUGUUGAACAAGAUGACCUUACAUCCACAGCAGAUAAUGAUAGGUCCUAGGUUUAACAGGGCCUUAUUUGACCCCCUGCUUGUGGUGCUGCUGGCUCUUCAACUUCUCGUGGUGGCUGGUCUGGUGCGGGCUCAAACCUGCCCCUCGGUCUGCUCCUGCAGCAACCAGUUCAGCAAGGUGAUUUGUGUUCGGAAAAACCUACGCGAGGUUCCGGAUGGCAUUUCCACCAACACUCGGCUGCUGAACCUCCAUGAGAACCAAAUCCAGAUCAUCAAAGUGAACAGCUUCAAGCACUUGAGGCACCUGGAAAUCCUCCAGUUGAGUAGGAAUCACAUUAGAACCAUUGAAAUCGGGGCCUUCAAUGGUCUGGCGAACCUCAACACUCUGGAACUCUUUGACAAUCGUCUCACUACCAUCCCAAAUGGAGCUUUUGUAUAUUUGUCUAAACUGAAGGAGCUUUGGUUGCGAAACAACCCCAUCGAAAGCAUCCCUUCUUAUGCUUUUAACAGAAUCCCUUCUCUGCGCCGGCUAGACUUAGGCGAAUUGAAAAGGCUUUCAUACAUCUCAGAAGGUGCCUUUGAAGGUCUGUCCAACUUGAGGUAUUUGAACCUGGCCAUGUGCAACCUACGGGAAAUCCCUAACCUCACACCGCUCAUAAAACUAGAUGAGCUAGACCUUUCUGGGAAUCAUUUGUCUGCUAUCAGGCCGGGCUCUUUCCAGGGGUUGAUGCACCUUCAAAAACUGUGGAUGAUACAGUCCCAGAUUCAAGUGAUUGAACGGAAUGCCUUUGAUAACCUUCAGUCACUGGUGGAAAUCAACCUGGCGCACAACAAUCUAACGUUACUGCCUCAUGACCUCUUCACACCCUUGCAUCAUCUAGAGCGGAUUCACUUACAUCACAACCCUUGGAAUUGUAACUGUGACAUACUGUGGCUCAGCUGGUGGAUAAAAGACAUGGCCCCCUCCAACACAGCUUGUUGUGCCCGUUGUAACACUCCUCCCAAUCUGAAAGGGAGGUACAUUGGGGAGCUCGACCAGAAUUAUUUCACAUGUUAUGCUCCUGUGAUUGUGGAGCCCCCAGCAGACCUCAAUGUCACUGAAGGCAUGGCAGCUGAGCUAAAAUGCCGGGCCUCCACAUCCCUGACCUCCGUAUCUUGGAUCACCCCAAAUGGAACAGUUAUGACACACGGGGCGUACAAAGUGAGGAUAGCUGUGCUCAGCGAUGGCACGUUAAAUUUCACGAAUGUAACUGUGCAAGAUACAGGCAUGUACACAUGUAUGGUGAGCAAUUCUGUUGGAAAUACCACUGCUUCAGCCACCCUGAAUGUUACUGCAGCAGCCACCACUCCUUUUACUUACUUUUCAACUGUCACAGUAGAGACUAUGGAACCUUCUCAGGAUGAGGCACGGACCACAGACAACAAUGUAGGUCCCACUCCAGCGAUUGACUGGGAAACCACCAAUGUGACCACCUCUCUCAUGCCACAGAGCACAAGGUCAACAGAAAAAGCAUUCACCAUCCCAGUGACUGAUCUGAACAGUGGGAUCCCAGGAAUUGAUGAGGUCAUGAAGACUACCAAAAUCAUCAUUGGCUGUUUUGUGGCCAUCACACUCAUGGCUGCAGUGAUGCUGGUCAUUUUCUACAAGAUGAGGAAGCAGCACCAUAGGCAAAACCAUCACGCCCCCACAAGGACUGUUGAAAUCAUUAAUGUGGAUGAUGAGAUUACAGGAGACACUCCCAUGGAAAGCCACCUGCCCAUGCCUGCUAUCGAGCAUGAGCACCUAAAUCACUAUAACUCUUACAAAUCUCCCUUCAACCACACAACAACAGUUAACACAAUAAAUUCAAUACACAGUUCAGUGCAUGAACCGUUAUUGAUCCGAAUGAACUCGAAAGACAAUGUACAAGAGACUCAGAUCUAAAACAUUUACGGCUACAGAAAACAAACAAUUAAAAAAAAAGACAGUUUAUUAAUAAUGACACAAAUGACUGGGCUAAAUCUACUGUUUCAAAAAAAAGUGUCUUUACAAAAAAAAUACAAAAAAGAAAAGAAAUUUAUUUAUUAAAAAUUCUAUUGUGAUCUAAAGCAGACAAAACUAUGUGUAUUCCUCAGAACCUGUUUUUGCUGCACUUAUUUCCUAUUUUCGCAUAUCUUGUCCCUGCCUUCCCUGAUUGCCAUAUUUUUCAUAGAUCUCAAUUCCCUAAGGAACUGGUCUAGGAAAUUUUGUAAGAAUUCUGUUACACUUUGAGAUUUUUAUGGUGAAUUCUAGUGGUGAGAUCCAGUCUAUUUUUGUCUUUUUUUUCCCUCUUUUAUUUUCCCCCUCAUGCCCUCAUGAAGUAGUCCAACGGGGAAUGCAAUAUUAGAAAUAGAUUUUUAAGAAAGAACGAGAAAAAUAAUGCAAGAUCUUAUAUUUUUCAUGUAAUGACCUGUUCUGUAUUUAUGAGGAGGACCAUCAGUGGAAAAGGAAAAAAGAAAAAAAAAGUAAGCAAACAACAGAUUAAUUUACAUAUGAGCACCUAUAAAACCCAUGAUCUUUUCAACAACUCUAGAACCAGAAUUUGUAGUUCAAACGCUAAAAAUAAGAUUAUAAAUAAAAAUAUUGUUGGUUUUUCUGUAUCUGGACACAGCUCAUUUGUAGUAUGGCUCAAAUAUAAGAAACUUAAAGGUAAUUCGAUUUUCUACUUUCUGAGAAAGAAAAUACAUUAUUUUUCAGUCACAGCAUCAAACACCAUGGGGUCCUGUCUCAUUAGGUUGACUUGAGUUUUGGAUCUAUAUAUUCAAGUAUGCUGUGGUAUUUUUUCCUCGCAUUAGGGUCACCCUUUUUAAAUGCUCAGAUUAAAAAUCAUGAUUUUGUGAAGUAAAUUCAAUU